UUGUUUCUGAGUAAUCCCUGGUACACAUGGACUCGCGCGCGUGCAUGCUGCCAGGCUCAUAACAUGGAAUUGGUCAAGAUUGAAACGCCUCAGGAAAACAAUUGGAUCUACGACAUGGUACAGAAAAUCGCUCUAGAUGGUGGAUAUUACACUUGGAUUGGUGCACGCCAAAAUUCAACUGCGGGCACUUACACGUGGUGUGACGACACGCCGGUCACGUGGACAGUAUGGGCAGCUGGUGAACCAAGUGGUCACACAUGUAUGAGUGCCCGCUUCGUGCCAGACGAGAUGCAGUGGGAUACCCACGGCUGUGACACGGCUUACCCUUAUGUGUGUGAGAUUCCAGAUACCCCGGGUGCCCAGACUAUCACCCCUGCGGGAGACUGCCCAAAGACAAUCAAAGACUUCGCGCUAUCGGACACUAGAGUUGGCCCUGGAGGAAAGGUCCAGAAUGACUUCACUGAUGGCAAGUUUGCGUUCCCCAACACCACGAACUGGACAUAUUUCAGAGAAAUAAAGCUAUCACCCAUUGAAGACUGCACACUCAUGUGCCUGGAAACGCCCGGAUGUGAUCACGUGACCUACUUCGAUGACUUCACAUGUCGUCUGUUCGACCUGACUGAAACCAGAGACCAUAUAAUUAUAUUAUAACUAUUAUAUGGUCCCUGCUGAAACGUAGACAGUGCCUGAACUCUACUAGAUUUACGUUUCUGAUAAAAGUGCUCCGUCUUUGCUGACGCCAUGUGUAGAUUGACAUUACUUGAACUUCGAUGAUACAUGUCGCCUACACAACACUUAACCUGGCAAAAGUGUACUUGACAUUCGCCGACUUUACUCUUCGAUACAUUGCAGUGGUUAACCUUCGAUUACUUUACAUGUCGUUAAUGCAGUGCUUGGCCUUUCAUUACUUUACAUGUCGUCAGUGCAGUGCUUGACCUUCAAUUCCUUUACAUGUCGUCAGUGCAGUGCUUGACUUCCGAUUACUUUACAUGUCGAUAAUGCAGUGCGUGGCCUUCCAUUAUUUUACAUG